CUUACCACCAACCAUAAAUACUCUCUUCCUCCCGCCAGGACCCGACUACGCAGUCGUCUUCCCUCUCGCUGGUUGCUCUGCUCGUCUUCCCUCUUCAUUCAUUCUCUUUCUCUUCAGUAAUGGCUACCCUUUGUUGGGCCUUGAUCUUCUUUUAUGGCUUCUGUUUCAGUAAUCUGAGAAGCAAUAAUGGCGUCGUCGAAGCGUCUCACAGGAUCUUCCCAGAAUACCAGUCUCUUGCAGCGGCCAAAGUCAACCAACUGCAGAGAACUGGCUACCACUUUCAACCCCCCAAGAAUUGGAUUAAUGAUCCAAAUGGUCCCAUGUAUUACAAUGGCGUCUACCAUCUGUUCUACCAAUACAACCCCAAAGGUGCAGUCUGGGGCAACAUUGUCUGGGCCCAUUCGAUAUCAUUUGAUUUGAUCAACUGGGUUCCUCUCGAACCAGCCAUAUUUCCCUCUGAACCAUUCGACAUCAAUGGCUGUUGGUCUGGGUCGGCGACGAUCCUCCCAGGCAACAAACCUGUUAUCCUCUACACCGGCAUCGACACCCAGAAUCGGCAGGUUCAGAACAUCGCAGUGCCGAAGAACCUGUCCGACCCAUACCUCAGGGAGUGGGUUAAGCCUCGUUACAACCCAUUGAUGGCGCCCGUGCAAGGCGUCAAUGCGAGUGCAUUCCGUGACCCGACCACUGCAUGGAUGGGAAAGGAUGGGCGCUGGAGAGUUCUGGUUGGGCACAAGAGAGGAAGCAGGGGGAUGGCCCUUCUUUACAGGAGCAGAAACUUCGUAACAUGGACCAAAGCGCAGCACCCUCUUCACUCUGUGGCUAAGAUAGGCAUGUGGGAGUGCCCAGAUUUCUUCCCUGUUUCUCUGGAAGGUGAAGAUGGACUGGAUACAUCUAGAGGCGGCCAUGGCGUUAAGCAUGUUUUUAAGGUCAGUCUUGACGUUACAAGGUUUGAGUACUACACAGUGGGCAAAUAUUUUCCAGAGAAGGAUCGCUAUGUACCUGAUAACACAUCUCCUGAUAAUGCAAUGGGGCUGAGAUAUGAUUAUGGGAAUUUCUAUGCAUCGAAGACAUUCUUUGAUGCUGGGAAGAAGAGAAGGAUUUUGUGGGGCUGGGCUAAUGAGUCUGAUACUGCUGCCGACGAUAUUGCAAAAGGCUGGGCUGGCAUUCAAACAAUACCAAGGAAGCUGUGGCUUGACAAAAGUGGAAAACAACUAAUUCAAUGGCCGAUCCAAGAGGUUGAAUCUCUAAGGCUAAAUGGAGUCCAUAUGAGUAAAGUAAACCUCAAUAAGGGAGGUAUUGUGGAGGUUAAAGGAAUAUCAGUUGCACAGGCUGAUGUUGAAGUCACAUUCAGUUUCAAAAAUCUGGACAAAGCUGAGCCCUUUGAUCCUAAUUGGGUCGAUCCACAGCAGCUCUGUGGCCACAAGGGUGCCACUGUUGAGGGUGGUGUAGGCCCCUUUGGGUUGUUGACAUUGGCUUCCAGCAAUCUAGAUGAAUACACAUCUGUUUUCUUUAGGAUUUUCAAAGCUCAAAAGAAACAUGUUGUGCUCAUGUGCUCUGACCAGACCAGGUCCUCUUUAAGGACAGAGGUGUAUAAACCAUCCUUUGGAGGUUUUGUAGAUGUAGAUUUAGAAGAUGGAGUGCUAUCUCUUAGGAGUUUGAUUGAUCACUCUGUUGUGGAAAGCUUCGGUGCUGGAGGGAAGACAUGCAUUACAUCUCGAGUUUAUCCCCUCCAUGCAGUAGCUGAGAAUGCUCAUUUGUAUGCAUUUAACAAUGGGACUGAAGCUAUUCAAAUUGUCAAGUUAGAGGCAUGGAGCAUGUUCAGACCUAGGAUGAACUAAAAUAGAACUUAGGCAGAGGAGGAAUUGAUGAGUUGAGAAAUAACGAAGUAGUGGAUAUACAUCUGAGUCUAGAAUUGGUUGGAAAUCGUUUAGUCAUUUUGCUAUGCUACUAUACUUCUACCAAGAAAAGAUCUGCAAUCUGCAACUGUACUUUGAAAUUUUAUUAGUGUGCUUCUUUUGAAUUUUUUUUUUGUCUUUUUGCUUCAUAAUCAGAAGCAAUUUAGUACUUUUCAGCUUUUUUGGAUAAUGAGAUGGAAGAAUAAGGUUAAGAUUGAGAAGGAAUGGAUUGCCAUAGUGUUACUACUC